AAUUAAUUUGUCUUAAGUUCCUUCCCAUAUGAAUUUUCUUUUCGUUCUGAUGACUUGUUUGAUAUUAUGAUACACACAAAUACAGUUUUGAUUCAUCCAUUCAUCUGCCUUUGAAUUUUGUUUAGUUACUUCUUUUCUUCCACACAAACAGCCUUGAUAAUUUGAAGGCUUCAGGCACACCACCAAAUCUUGUAUGCUGCGCAGACGCAAUCUCAACUGGUGAGAAAAAGAAGGAGACAAGUUGCUUACUUGGCCAUUAGCUAAGACUAGCAUAUAAUUUUCUUUUUCUGGGUGUUGCAAGGAAAAUCUUUUACAGAGAGAUCUGAAGUUUUGUUUGCAUUAAGUCUAUCACCAAGUCAGAUGGCUACACCGGUGCAGCCUCCUACGGCGGAGGUGCCACCGUCUCCACCUUUGUCUCCCGGUGGUAAUGCUGUUUCUCCUACGAGAGAGCCCAUUGAUGGCAAUUCACCGGAGAUCCCAAACCCUCCACCUCAGUCUACUCCUCCUCCGGCGGCUCCUUUAUCAUCUCCACCACCAGAAGAUUCUUCCUCGCCACCUCCACCUACCGGAGCUCCUCCUCCUACUCCCACGUUACCUGCUGACCCUCCACCACCACCAUCACCUGACACCUCUCCCCCUCCACAGCCUCCCAUUUCACCACCAUCGUUCCCUCCACCGGAAACAUCUCCUCCUCCUACUCCCUCUUCACCUGACCCGCCAUUAAACCCACCACCACCGCCACUACCUGAGAUCUCUCCCCCUCCACCUCCUCCACUACACGAGCCUGCCGUUUCACCACCAUCAUUUCCACCUCCGGAAGUAUCUACUCCUCCACCACCAUCAUCACCUGAGAGCUCUCCUCCACCACCAUCAUUACCUGAGAGCUCUCCUCCUCCACCAUCAUCACCUGAUCGGCCUGCCAUUUCACCACCGUUAUUUCCGCCACCCAAAAGCUCUCCUCCACCACCUGCUUCAGACCCACCUACAAACCCACCUCCGUUAGUCCCACCGUUACAUUCAUCUCCACCUCCCCCAUCACUUCCUCCUCCACGUCCUCCCCCCUCCCCACCAGGCUCACAACGUCCUGCUCUCUCUCCUCCUCCUCCUCCACGGGAUCCAGAACAUCCUCAGCAACCUCCUCCUCCAGAUUCUAAACGUCCUCCUCCACCAGAGAAAAUCCACCCACCUUCCAAACCAAGUCCAGCUCCCUUACCUUCUAACUCUUCUUCAUCACCCUCACCACCAUUAGUUCCAUCUCCUCCUCCUCAAAAAUCUGUACCAGACUCAGGCAAUCCACCUCAACAAAACAACCUUACUCCUCCCGUGACAAACAAUUCCAGCAACUCAGGUUUUAGUACAGUAGCUCUCGUGGGUGUGAGUAUUGGUUUGGUCCUUGUGCUCCUUGGUCUUAUUGGAGUCAUUGUCUGGUGCGUGAAGAGACAGAAAAAGAGGCCUUCUUCCAUUGGAGGUGGCUAUGUUAUGCCAUCUCCUAUAGUUUCCUCCCCAAGAUCAGAUUCAACGCCUUCCAAGACAAACUCGUCUGCCCCGCUAGUGGGAAACCGUUCUAGCAACCGGACAUUCUUUUCACAACCAGAACCUGGUGGCUUUGGUCACUCAAAGGAACUGUUCUCAUACGAAGAACUCGUCAAAGCAACAAAUGAAUUCUCAGAUGAAAAUCUACUGGGUGAAGGCGGGUUUGGUUGUGUAUAUAAAGGGGCUUUACCAGAUGGAAGAGUGGUGGCUGUUAAACAGUUAAAAAUAGGUGGAGGACAAGGCGAUCGAGAGUUCAAAGCUGAGGUUGAGACCAUAAGCAGAGUUCAUCACCGGCAUUUGCUUUCUUUGGUUGGAUACUGUAUCUCCGAGAACAGGAGGUUGCUUAUCUAUGAUUAUGUUCCUAACAACAACCUUUACUUCCACCUUCAUGCUGCAGGAACACCGGGUCUGGACUGGGCAACGCGUGUUAAAAUCGCUGCUGGUGCGGCUCGUGGACUAGCUUAUCUCCAUGAAGAUUGUCAUCCUCGUAUCAUACACAGGGACAUCAAGUCAUCCAACAUUCUUUUAGAUAAUAACUUUCACCCUCUGGUUUCUGACUUUGGUCUUGCAAAGCUAGCUCUAGAUUGUAACACGCAUAUCACAACUCGUGUUAUGGGAACGUUCGGCUACAUGGCUCCUGAAUAUGCAUCAAGUGGCAAAUUAACUGAAAAAUCAGAUGUCUUCUCCUUUGGUGUUGUUCUACUUGAGUUAGUCACUGGACGUAAGCCUGUUGAUACAUCACAACCCUUGGGAGAUGAGAGCCUUGUUGAAUGGGCUCGUCCUUUGCUUAGUCAUGCCGUAGAAACCGAGGAGUUUGAAGCUUUAGUAGACCCCAAGCUGGGAAGAAACUACGUUGGCGCUGAAAUGUUUAGAAUGAUCGAAGCAGCUGCAGCUUGUAUUCGCCACUCAGCUGCAAAGAGACCUCGGAUGAGUCAGAUUGUGAGAGCUUUCGACAGUCUAGCUGAGGAAGACUUGACCAACGGGAUGAGACUAGGCCAAAGCGAGGUCAUCGACUCAGCUGAGCAGUCUGCAGAGAUCAGAUUGUUUAGAAGAAUGGCUUUUGGCAGCCAAAACUACAGUACAGAUUUUUUCACUCACAAUAUUUACAAUAGCAGAGACGAAAACGUGUAAAUAAUAUAUCAGAAACAAAACUCAUUGGAGAUUUUGAUUUUGGCCAAGAAAUGAGAUCUCUAAGCAGAACCUUUCUUGAUUA